AUUGAAACGAAUUUAUUAUUUUGAUACAAAUACCAGUAGUUCAUUGGUAAAAGUUGAAGUUGCUACAUCAGUUAUGUAAUGAAUGUUUUAAUGCCAUUACGUUGCUUGAAUCACAGUGGUAAAUUUUUCCGGAGUUCAUUCAGAUAUUCAAGAAAUAUUUUUCCUAAACAACUUGCUGUUACUCCUUUCAAUAAUCAGCUGAUAGAACAUCACAGAAAAGAAGCUUUCUCAUCAACAGCUAUCAUAGAAAAUGAUUCAAGAGGAAUCUUUCAAAAAAUAUUAGGAAGAUUUGAGAAUUCCAAAACCAAAUUAAGAGUGUCAGGUACACUUCUUUAUGAAAACGUCGCCAAUACAAUCGAUUAUAAAAAAUUCCUUGAGGAAUAUGGCUUAUCAGACACAUUCUACGGCUGGUUUCUGAUCACAGAGCUUCACUGUUGGCUUUUGCUUACUCGAGUAAUGCAGGAAGGUUCAGAAUCAGGUCAAGAUGGAAGAUUCUUAAGAAACUGCUUAGUUGAGGCGAUGUGGGCUGAUGUUCAAACAAGAGCUAAAAAACUUAGUGUCGAUAAUCCCUCAGCAAAUCGACGACAGAUUUCUGAACUCGCUGAACAAUUUCAAGCUGCGUUGAUAAUCUAUGACGAAGGACUAAUGAGCAAUGAUAUCAUACUCGCAAAUGCUUUGUGGAGACGUUUCUUCAACUUAAAGUGCGAUGACUACACAAAACUCGAGAAGUUAGUGAUGUAUUGCCAAAAUAUUUUGAAAAUGUUACCAUUAAAAAGUAUUCUACUCGAUUCAUCAGCAUUUCUUCUGCGAGGAUCUGUUCUCGUUGCUUUUCUCAUGCUUUUCAUUCAAUUAGCUUCGACCAAUAAAUUUGGGAGCGUCCAUAAAACGAAGGAAGCUCAAGAGACCAAAGCUGAAUUAUUUUGCUUCUCCUGUGACAUGAUGACAGAUUCGGAAAAUUGUGUGAACAUUAACAAAACUAGACAACUUAAUUUAACAAAAAAAUGUGAAAACGACCAAAACUUUUGCGUUGUCAAAAGAUUUUCUUAUACUAUGUCUGACAAGAAUUCUACUAGCCAAAAGAAACUUUGGAGCCUUCAAAGACAUUGCACUGAUACUUGCGAGAACGGAUGCAUAGUCAUUGGAGAACGUGUCAAAUUGUACGCUUGUUCCAGUUGUUGCAGCAAUAAUUUAUGUAACAUCAGCUCCAAAGGACGAAACAUCAGAAAGAAUAAGUUCUUAAUCAUGUUCAUUCUCGUCUUACCAUCAAUAAGCUUUCUCAGCUGA